AUGAAUGCUUGGCAACAGCUUGGCAAAAUGUUCAACAAAAACGGUAUGUUUUACAGAAUUUUAUUCAAAUUAUAACCUAUAGAUAUGUAAUUUGGUGUACGAAUAUCAAGAUAUCUAUGACGAAUAUAUGUAUUGUUAAUUUGUUAUGAUGUUAUCUGCUCAAAUUAAUUUAAAUAAUUUUAAUGGCCAACCUGACAUGCAAAUUGUGCCCAAAAAUAUUUUUCAGUCAUUCAACAUGUUGACAGCAGAUAUUUCAUCUGUAUUUUACAACACUGAUAGGUGUCUGAUGUUGUAGACGUUAAAAACAUUAUAUAUUAAAUAAUAUAUAGUUCUCCUACAGCUUGUUGGGAAGUUGUAGUACUGUAGGUUUGGCUGGAUACAUGUCAGUAUUAUGUGACACAGUUGACCAUCCUUAUUAUUGCAUCUUCAUUCCAUCUGCUCUAUAUAAUUAUGUGUUCCUAGUUUGAUUUCAUUUCAUUUGUGCAUUGUACCCUGAUGUUUUACUGCUGCUGGUGAUAUGCACAAGUUUUUAGCUUAUGAAGUGGUACGUUACAUACAUCCCUAGCUUUAUAUAAACUACAGGCUAGGAUCAAUUUGCUUCCCAAUAGCACAUUGGACAGAUUUGCCCAAACGUACAUGUCGGUGUCCACUGUGAAUGUUAAAACAUUGUUCUGGCACAAUAAGCUGACCUAUAUAAAUAUAAUGCACUUAUUAUCGGCUUCCCCAGGGGUCGACCCCUGGGACACCCAGGCAGUGGUGGAAAUUUACUUUUUCCAGUGUGGGGGGGGGGGGCGAAGCCUUCUAAAUUUCCAACAAAACUUUCAAAUUUCCGACAAACCCCCCAUUUGCACUCGAAAAGGCUGUUUUUAGCCCGAAAUUUCCACAAAUUCGUCAUUUUCCACGAAGGUGGGGGAGCGGCCGCCGCCCCCACCCUACCGAAAUUUCCGCCACUGCACCCAGGGGCUUUUGUUAAGAGGACGGGAGAAAACAUUAACAAAGCCCCUGGGUACAGGGGAAAGUUUAAUGACAAAAAUCAUGUUACAGCCCCCUACCCCCUGGGGCAAAAAAAGCAAACAUUAUUUAUUCCAGGGGUAAACUGGUUACCAAACCCAAACAAUUCCCCUUCCCCAAGGGACACUAAUUUUUACAAAAGACAACAAAUCCCCUCCUGUCCCCGGGGAAGCCGAUGAUAAGUGCAUUAAUCAAUAGAUAUGAAUACAAUAUUUUAUGCCAUAUGAUAUAAUAUUUGUAAAUAAGUAAUAUAUUUAUUCAAUUACCAGCCAUGGGUGCAACUUGCCACUAUCCAUGAAAUAAAAAUGUCUAGAUUUAGUCAAAAUAAAAUGUAAAAUGUCCUGACAAUUAAUUGAUUGAUUAUACUCUUUUAUGUAGUGGACUUCUUGAAACAAGAAUUUAAAAGAUUGAAAGACAAUUUGAAGAAGUGCAUGCACCGACGUGAAAAGGCAACAAAGUCAGGAGCACCACAUUCAAAAUUGCCACAAUGUAAAUACUUCAGUCAACUUUUGUUUUUGACUGACAAAACAGCAAAUAAACCAACAGUGAGCAAUGUGUCUAUUACAAUAAACGAAGGUGAAGAUUUGGUUGAAGAAUCAGCCCCUUUGGAACUUCAACCUUCCACCUCUACACCGAAAAAAAGAAAAUCAGUGUCCCAGUCUUGUACCAAUGACAACAUCAAUUUAACACAAGCCUCUUCUGGUUCUGCAAAAAAAUUGAAGCCUUUGCUGGAUAAUCAGAGUCAAGCUAGUCAACCCAAAAAAUGUCGUGCUGAGCUAGCUCAUGCUGUAGAUUCAAUGCUGGUGAAAACACUACAAGAUAUGCAAAAUAAUGGAAAUAGAUCUGAUGGCCUGGAGACAGAAAAUGAUGAAGAUUCAUUGUACUGUAGAAGUCUAAUACCAAUCUUCCAACAACUCCCUCUUAAAAAAAAGAGAUUAGCAAAGAUGAAAUUUAAUGAAUUACUUUACAAGAUAGAAUUUGAGUCAGAUGAUGAAAAUACCAGAUUUUUUUGA